UUAUUUCUUAAGUAAUACUGGUUGGAGUAGUGUGAGAGUGUGCUGUGAUGUGUGUCCGGGUGGUUUAAGCGUGCUACAUGUCGCUUUGUUAACGGCGCAACGGGGAACUCUGUGUGUCAAGGAGGGAAAAAACGUUCUCCUCCUCCUGUGAUAGAGAGAGGGCCGAGGGAGUGCCAUGCGUUACGAAUCUACAGCAUCUUCGCAUGACGACCGUUUAAUUCAACAUACGAGAAGCUACACGCUGUCCACCGCGACUACAUUCAAUCACUGAUUUGGGAUCGUUUCUACCAGUUCAAAUACGACCUGGGCUUUAAUUCACAGAGACGCUGAAAGAAAAACUAAAAACAUGGGAUGCAAUAUGGGCCGAUGCCUCGGUCCAGACGAUACGGGGUACCCUGGAUCAGAAUUCAUGGCAGCCAUUAGGAAGAAAUUGGUUAUCGUGGGUGAUGGUGCUUGUGGUAAAACAUGCUUACUCAUAGUCUUCAGCAAAGAUCAGUUUCCUGAAGUUUAUGUACCUACAGUGUUUGAAAACUAUGUUGCAGACAUUGAGGUUGAUGGAAAGCAGGUUGAACUGGCUCUUUGGGACACAGCUGGGCAAGAAGAUUACGAUAGGUUGCGCCCAUUGUCAUAUCCUGACACAGAUGUAAUCCUAAUGUGUUUCUCUAUCGAUAGUCCCGACUCCUUGGAGAACAUUCCUGAGAAGUGGACACCAGAGGUGAAGCACUUUUGCCCAAAUGUGCCCAUUAUCCUUGUUGGAAAUAAAAAAGACUUGCGCAAUGAUCCUAAUACCAUCAAAGAGCUUAGCAAGAUGAAACAAGAACCAGUUAAACCAGAAGAAGGUAGAGCUAUGGCUGAAAAAAUCAAUGCUUUUGCUUAUCUUGAAUGUUCUGCUAAGAGUAAGGAAGGUAUUAGGGAAGUGUUUGAAACAGCCACUCGGGCAGCGCUACAAUUCGUAGGUAAAAAAGAAGAAAAAGGGAAGAUGUUGGCUCCUAUAAUUCUUGAACUGUCACCGAUAAUGAGACAACACUAAUGGAAUUGCUAGUUGCAAUGAAGCUAGUUGUUAUGCCGGAAGCCCCCAGCGGAAACUAUAAUAUAACAACAACAACUUAUCUUCAAUUAUUUUACACAAUAAAACAAGUCUAUAAAAAAAAAGAAAAACUACCACAAAAUACGCCCACAAUAUAUACAAUAUAUGCAAAUUAAAAUCCGUUGCAAAAUUUGCAAGUGUUCUUUUAUAAUAAUUUGCAAAGAAUGUACUGUUAAUUACGAUUGUAUCAGUUAAUCCUUUAUGGACUCUCUCUAAUGUUGCAAUAAGUGCGAUCGUGUUUUAAAUGAAAUAAAUUACUAAGAAUUUGUACAAACACUACUGCAGUUUUUAUGAGGAUAUGCUAUGAGUUACAAGAUAUAUCAAUAUAUUAACUGUUAUCAUAGAAGUUACUUAUCGUUUUGAUCCUUAUCAGAAUAAAAUGAUUUUCAGAUAUUGUUAUACAAAAAUUAUUAAGACUGAGUUUUGGGUAAUAUGCUUUAAUGAAACAAAAAAAGAUGAAUAAAUUCGUAAUUACAUCUUUCUAAAGAAAAGGUUAUUGUUACGUGCACAAAGUUGUGAGAUAAGAUUAAAAAAUUUAAAUUUCUAUGUUUAACAAGGGUUAAAAUAGUAACAUUUCAGAUAUAUCAUAGUAUCUAUUAAAUUUAUUAUUAUCUACGUAAAGAGAGCGAUAAAGAACUCUUUUGUUGGUCUAUAUGUUUGGUCCAUAUAGGAUUAAAGAUUGUAUAUAAAAUGUCACCAUUCUUGGAAUAGAUGAGAUAUUAUGCCUUCAUGAAUGUCCCGUGAUUUUUUAAAGCAUUUUUUUGUCUAUUUCAUGGUAUAAAACAACAAUAAAAGUACGUAUCGCUUUACCUUAUUUUCUUACCAUAAUGUUACGAACAAAUAUAUAUAUAAUAAACGUAUCACUUUGACUUCGAGGAUCAAAAGGACAUAAGUACUUGUAUACUUAAGACACAUACGGAAAAAGAAAGAAUACUGAAUACUGUUUUCUACAUCUUCACAAUUCUUUAUAAAUAGUUUUACGACGUUAUAAUUCGUCGUAUCAGUAGCUAAUUGAAAAAGUUACUUCCAGGAGAAAACUCAAUCAUCUGUAUGUAGCACUUUUUUAGUAUAAUUUUAAAGGGAGAAAAAAAUUUUUUACGAUUAGGAGAGUGAAGCCAGGAUAAGUUUUUUGAGUUUUAAGAGACCGCUCUAUAGUUAAUUAGCCUUAAUAUAAGAUAUUUACUCCAUGAUUACUAUAAUAAAUUGUAAUUAACAAUAAAAAUUACUAAUCAAUG